AUGCAUUCUCGUGUGUUCGUUCUACUAUUGACCGCAGUCGUGGCAACCGCUUUGGUGCACCGCCGAUCUGGUGGUUGUACUUGCGGUAACAAUUAUUACACCUCUACGAACAUCUAUGACGCCAUCUCCCAAGCUGAGAGUGGUGGUGGAGGGGACUAUCCCCACCAGUAUGAAGACUAUGAGGGUUUCUCCUUUCCGUCGUGCACCGGGGAAUUCUUUGAGUAUCCUUUGGAGCAAGGGUAUGUUUAUACCGGAGGUUCGCCUGGAGCAGAUCGCGUCAUUUACGACUCUUCGGGAGACUUUUGCGCGUGUCAUACCCACACUGGAACAUCUACAUAUGACGGAUUUGUUGAGUGCAGCAUGUAG